UUGUUUGUUAUGCAAGACGUGUGUUGCUGUCACUGAGAGUUGCAUAGCUAACGAUGAUGGAUCUCCAGUCCAUUUGAACUGGGAGAGGCUGGCAGCGAAUGAUUGCUGCCAACUAGACCAACACAAUAUAUCUUUUGAACAUCGCCAUUGCAAUAAAAGAAGAAAGUGUGCAGAUCAUGGAUCCCCCUGAUAUACAGCAAGCCUGGAUGAAGCCUGUUCUUGGCCGCGUGAGCGUCAAAGUGUUGUGCUGGUGCACCUUAAGGAAAAAGUUAGGUGCAACCAACGCAAAAAAGGCUAUAGGUGUGUUUCACGCAAACAAAACAGAUGAGGAGGGUCCACCCAGAGUCCAAAAUCACAUGGAAACCCUGAUGGACAAGAUGCAAGCCUCCCAGGACACAGUGACAGGAAGCAGGGGAAAUUUGCCCAGCCUAGGCAAUCAUCACAGGGGCUACAGCAAUCUGGAUCCCUUUACUUCAUCAGGACUGCUGACUCAAAGAAGCAACUGCCUGCCUGUACUUCCAACACACAGGCAUCAAACAAGAAAUAUGGUCAAUGCAGCUUCAUCCUCCUCAGGCCUGCUAUCAUUAGCAGUACAGAGCAAGCUCAGCCAAUCAGCUCCCAGGAUCAUUGAACCUCUUCUGUGUGCCAACUAUGUGCUUCAGGCCAGGGCACACAUUCAGACACGACUGGGCUCUCAUGAACCUAUCAGUCAACAAAAGGGUCCCAUACUGGAUUUGCAAACAGCUUCUCCUCUUCGGACGCCCAAUCAGCUGGCACCGUUGGACCUCAGGCAAAAAGAUAAUCGUGCUGCACCAGUACAAAAGCAAAGUGUUCCCUUAAAGCCCAUCAGCAAGGGUCCUGUUCCUAAGAUCCAUCUUAGGAGGCGCUUUGCAAGGGGCACCCCACCAACCAGCUCCAUCACCACAAUGGAUGGCAGUGAAGACAGUGGGUCAAAUAGCAGCAGCCAGAGCCGUACUGUUUUGAUAGAUGAUGAUUAUGAGAGGCUUAUAUCUGAAGACAUUCCCUUGGUGUUUACUGAGGCCAGAGAUUUAAAGCAUCCCGAGGAAGAUUUGGGGUUCUGCAAUGGCAAAACGGGACAGGGUUUAAAAGCUAUGCCAAAAACCCUUUCUGUGAGCCUUAUGUCAAUACAGCUACAGGGACCAGAGCUGGUGAACUGUAUGACUUUGACAAAUUGCAAAAAUGCAAUACAGCAUCACAACACAAGACCAACAAACACAGUCAAAACCAAAAUAGUGAUCCCAUCAAACUCUAACAGUAACACCAAUGAUCGACACAAGUCUGUUAAUCAGGCAGAUUCAACAUGUGAGAGAUUUCAGGCAGAUAAACCUGCAACCCUUAAGGAUUUAAAGACAGAUGAAGUGGUUUCUUGUAAAACUAAAGGUGCCAAGUUAAAUACCAGCUCUGCUUUAAGAGACACCCCAUUAAAAUGUUCAGUUCACAACAAAAGUGCAGAUCUUAAGCGUGCAAAAUUGAAGAAAGGCAUCACAAAAGAAUCUAGUGCACACUGCAAACUGAAGACAAAACUAUGCAUUGACAGACUAAACCUGAACAAGGCCGCUAAAAAACUCUCUCUUUCCAAUCAAUCGAGAGAAAUUGCAAGAACCAGAGAGCAAAUUGCUGAGGAGGAUAGUGACUCUUUCGUUAAAUCCAAGCUUAAACCAGUUAUUAAGGUUGGUAGAACCACUAAUGCCCUGUUAGCAUGCAUGAAGGGCACCAAUAGUGCACACAGCAGAAAAGCAAAUCCUGACAAGGUGUGCAAGAGCAGAGCACAACAGAGCCCAGCAUACAGUGAACUGAAGAGUGCCCGGAAGUCCAAUAGUCCAGAGGAGACUGGGCCUCAAAGAUUGAAAUCUGCUCUGGACUUCAUCACGUACAAAGACAUGUUUACAACCAUUCAGAAUGAGGCCGAUGGACCAGCUAUUUAUGAAAUGUUUGCUGGUCCUAUUUAUGAUCAUCUUCGAAAUCCGAUCAGCUGUCAGAACAACCAGUGGCAACCAGUUCCUUCGAGGAAGUCACAUCAAGUAAAAUGCAGAUCCCUGAAACAAGUGCAGAUCAACAUGAGAAACCCAACAGAAGCAACAGUGGUUUCAACUAAAGCCAAAGUAAAACUUUUAUCCUCAUGGGUGAAACCUCGCCUCAUUGCAGCAACAAAAGCAGCACACAAAAAGGAGCGUAAUACUAAACUUGAGACUACAUCAGUUUUCUCUAAUGAUGGUGAGAUACAUCAUGGUUCCCUACAAAAGAGUGAAUGUGCUAUGAUAAAUAUCGGAGAGGAAGUCCUACCUGGACAGAAGUCUGAAAAAAUUGAGGAAGAAUCUACAUGUACAAUUUACGGUCACUUACAAAUACAUAUGGAAGAAGGAUAUUUUAAUUCAUCAGCUGUUAAAACUCAGCCAGAAUCUGGAAAUCAAACGACUACUGAGUCAUCAAAAGACAACCAGGUUCCAGCGACUGACACAUGGACAUCUUUUCAAAGUAGUGGCCCAACAGAUAUGUCAGUAGUUUACAAGAAAUUUCUGGAUGAUGUUGGAGAUGGACCACUUACAGAUGACUUACUGCAACGUCUGGCUGAAGAGUUGAGUUCAUUGGAUGCGAAAGAUAUAUCAGUUGGCCCUUGUCCCCAAAAUCUGGAAAUGGAGCACCAAAAAGGCGGCAAUCACAUGUUAAACAAAAAUAAUUAUCCCGGGACUACAUCUAUGACCUUGGCUGGCUUACACAAAUCUGGGUUGGGUGACAAUAUUUCAUGGACGAAAGGUGAAGUACUUGGCCGUGGAGCAUACGGGACAGUAUACUGUGGCCUGACCAACCAAGGACAGUUAAUCGCAGUGAAGCAGGUGACUCUGAAGGCUUCUGACCCAGAAGUUGCAAGGAGACAGUAUAACCGCCUGCAAAGAGAAGUCGAGCUUCUUAAAACCCUGAGUCAUGCCAAUAUUGUUGGCUUCCUCGGGACCUCAUUUCAUCAACACAUGGCUUCCAUCUUCAUGGAGUACAUCCCAGGAGGAUCAAUUGCAAGCAUCCUUCACAGAUUUGGUCCAUUGCCUGAGCGUAUUAUUGGAUUGUACACCUACCAAAUCCUGAAGGGUGUGGCAUACCUUCACCUAAAUAGGGUCAUUCAUCGAGAUUUGAAGGGAAACAAUGUCAUGCUAAUGCCCACUGGGGUCAUCAAGCUUAUAGACUUCGGUUGUGCUCGACGCAUCAGCUGUGUAAGCCACACCACUAACAACAGCGGGGAAUUGCUCAAGUCUGUCUGUGGGACUCCUUACUGGAUGGCUCCAGAGGUUAUUAACGAGACAGGAUACGACAGAAAAUCAGAUAUCUGGAGUGUGGGUUGCACAGUUUUCGAGAUGGCAACGGGGAAACCUCCUUUAGCACACAUGGACAAAAUAGCGGCCUUAUUCUAUAUCGGCGGCAAAAAAGGGUUCAUGCCAUCUUUGCCAGAGGAAUUCUCAAAAAGUGCCAAAGAGUUUGUCUCAAUCUGCCUGACAAGUGACCAGACAUUACGGCCUUGCGCAGAUCAACUGCUCCAACACUCAUUCAUCCUUAGAAACAGGGCUGUGUUUACCACUUGGAAAGCCAAGAAGACUCACUUCUGCAGACACUCAGAUGGACUUUGUGGUUAGCAAGCAUUACUACAUGAUAGGAAUUUACAGCUUAAUCAGUUUAAGCUAUGCGCUUAAAAAAACAAUUGGAUUUGUUUUCUUCUGUGAACUCAGGGGCUAAGGUAAUGGUGCCUGGAAUGCAAGCUAUGUACACCAAUAAACUGUACAUACCAGUAAUUAGAAUAGUAAUGUUUGAUUAAUAUACUGUAUAAAGUCUGUGCCAAUCUUGAACUUGCCCUUCUUUCGCGGAUGGUUGAUGUUAUUCAUUAUUUUGCUUUAAGAUAACAGCACCUGAGCAAAUUACAUUACAGUACUUAAUCUAACUCAGUGCCAACAGAA